GUCUUUCUUGAGGGAUGAGGUAGAACUCGAGAAGGAAGAAGUAACGGAGAACAUGUCCAACGUACACGUCGAGGAGGACGUGUCCAGUGAAGAGGAAGGCGAUCACGGUAGGCCAAUCGUGCAUAAAUUUACGAUUUCAGAGGGCGAGGUUCGCUCUCGUCUCGAAGAUGUUCGCUCUUACUUGACACACAUGGAAGAGACGGCGAGUACAGCGAAACGGCGUACCUUCUUUCGAAGACUGUGCAUUCGUUUAAUCAUGAAUCUCAGGUCAAGCGAAGAGCAAAGGAGGGGGGGGAGGUGCGGUAGCGAGAUCUUGGGCAAGAUAUUCACGGGGAGGACAACGCCUAAAAGAUAAAAUAAAGCAAAUAAUUAAGCCC